CGUCUGUUAAGUGAGGGGCAGGGAAUUGGAGUAUAUGUGGAAAAUGCCGCUAAAUCUGUUUGACCUGUUACAGAGGGUGUUCCAGAACAAAAAUUCAGAGGGAUUGAAAAAGGAUACGCCCUAAACUGCAACCGACUACAACACGUUUGGUCGGAAAAGAGCCAGAGCUUCGGGUUUAAGGCAGACAGAAGUUGGACUCGGUGAUCUUCGAGAGGGCAGUAAAUUCAGAGGGACCCCCGAGUCCUGACUGUACACAGCCUGAAACAUGUCGCAACACAACAAGAAGAAAGCGAAAGGACACCGAAAGAAGUCGAUGCUAUUGUACCUGAGAUUCUUUGGAAUUGAAAUUCUCUAUCUCUGUGAUGGAUUCCACAAUACCACAGAGAUUGGGUCCAUGAAUAAUUGAAAAGAAAAGGAAUCAAGGAUAUGGAUGUUAAUUCAUGUGAAUGCCAGAUUCCAGAAGGGAGGAAAGAAGUCUGAUUCGGCUAAAUCAUCAAAGCAAGGAGCUAGCAUGAGUGCUCAAGCAUCAGAGCCGCUGGAAAAGCCAGGAUCGGCAACAUCACACAAGUCAGCAGAUUCAAGCAAAGACAAGACUACCUCUGUCCGCUCAGCAAAAUCAAGUGAAGCCACUGGAGGGAAACAGCAACAACCACAAACCGUACCCAGUCAACUAGCCAAAAUGGGCCUGGGAUGGACCAAGACAGCUGAAGUGGAUCCAAAGGGGAAGUCUGCUGCAGCACCUGCAGCAUCCGUGCCAGGCACUUCAGUUCACAAGGCCACUGCUCCAAAGCUUCAGGGUGAAAAGCCCAUGUUGAGUGCUAUGGAACAGCUUAUGGAAACACUUCCGUCACAAGAACCAGAUCCUUCAAUUCCUAAAUACACUGGGCCUGAGGUUAAGGAAUCUGCUGAUUCUAAGAAGAAGGCUAAACUUGUUGGAGAAACUGAAGAAUCUAUACCUCCUGAUUACAGAUUUACUCAGCAAGCUGACCCUAAGGAUAAAAGUAAAGUGACCCCUUCAUCCACGCAGCCAGAAAUAAAACCAAAGAGUAUGUCAGAAGGUGAUGUCCUGGAGUCUCUGUCAGCAGACUUUGGCAUCAGCUCUUCAGCUCCAAUUUCAAAAUGUUCAGCACCAACUUCUCACUCUGCAGCUCCACCAUCUGUGCAGAAGCAGGCUCCUCUGAAAACUUCAACAGCUGCCUCAGUCCCUGCGAGUAAAAGUGAUGCAAAGGAUGAAGAUCCAUUUGACCUACUUGCAGGAACACUUCCAUCAGAAGCCCCGGACAAUUCAGCUCCAAAAUACACUGGUCCUGAAGUAAAAGAAUCAGAUGUUACUAAGAAGAAAGCUGAACGAGUGGGAGAAACUGAAGGAUCUAUACCACCCGAUUACAGAUUUAAAGAGCAACAGGAUCCUAAGGGUAAAGGUAAAGUGGUCUCUUCCUCCACUGGUCCAGGAGCAAAACCAAAGGUCACAGAGAAGAGUAUGACAGAAGGUGAUGUCCUGGAGUCUCUGUCAGCAGACUUUACCCACAGCUCUCCAGCUCCAAUUUCAAAAUGUUCAGCUCCAACUUCUCACUCUGCAGCUCCGCCAUCUAUGCAGAAGCAGGCACCUCUGAAAGCUUCAACAGUUGCCCCAGUUUCUGCGGGCAAAACUGACACAAAGGAUGAAGAUCCAUUUGACCUACUUGCAGGAACACUUCCAUCAGAAGCACCGGACAAUUCGGCUCCAAAAUACACUGGUCCUGCGGUGAAGGAAUCAGAUGUUACUAAGAAGAAGGCUGAACGAGUGGGAGAAACUGAAGGGUCUAUACCGCCUGAUUACAGAUUUAAAGAGCAGCCUGAUCCUAAGGAUAAAGGUAAAGUGACCCCUUCAUCCACUGGUCCAGGAGCAAAACCAAAGGUCACAGAGCAGAGUGUGACCGAAGGUGAUGUCCUGGAGUCUCUGUCAGCAGACUUUACCCAAAGCUCCUCCGCCCCAAUUUCAAAAUGCUCAGCUCCAACUUCUCAUUCUGCUGCUCCGCCAUUCGUGCAGAAGGAGGCACCUCUGAAAGCUUCAACAGCUGCCCCUGUUUCUGUGGUUAAAAGUGAUGCUAAGGGUGAAGAUCCAUUUGACCUACUUGUAGGAACACUUCCAUCAGAAGCACCAGACAAUUCAGCUCCAAAAUACACCGGUCCUGCGGUGAAGGAAUCAGAUGUUACUAAGAAGAAGACUGAACGAGUGGGAGAAACUGAAGGGUCUAUACCACCUGAUUACAGAUUUAAAGAUCAACCUGAUCUUAAGGAUAAAGGUAAAGUGGUCUCUUCCUCCACUGGUCCAGGAGCAAAGCCAAAGGUCACAGAGAAGAGUAUGACAGAAGGUGACGUCCUGGAGUCUCUGUCAGCAGACUUUACCCAAAGCUCCUCCGCCCCAAUUUCAAAAUGCUCAGCUCCAACUUCUCACUCUGCUGCUCCGCCGUCUGUGCAAAAACAGGCCCCUCUGAAAGCUUCAACGGCUGCCUCAAUUUCUGCGAGUAAAAGAGAUGCUAAGGAUGAAGAUCCAUUUGACCUACUUGCAGGAACACUUCCAUCCGAAGCACCGGACAAGUCAGCUCCAAAAUACACUGGUCCUGCCGUGAAGGAAUCAGAUGCUACUAAGAAGAAGGCUGAACGAGUGGGAGAAACUGAAGGGUCCAUACCACUUGAUUACAGAUUUAAAGAGCAGCCUGACCCUAAGGAUAAAGGGAAAGUUGCCUCUUCCUCCACUGGUCCAGGAGCAAAACCAAAGGUCACAGGGAAGAGUAUGACAGAAGGUGACGUCCUGGAGUCUCUGUCAGCAGACUUUACCCAAAGCUCCUCCGCCCCAAUUUCAAAAUGCUCAGCUCCAACUUCUCAUUCUGCUGCUCCACCAUCCAUGCAGAAGGAGGCACCUCUGAAAGCUUCAACAGCUGCCCCUGUUUCUGUGGGUAAAAGUGAUGCUAAGGAUGAAGAUCCAUUUGACCUACUUGCAGGAACACUUCCAUCAGAGGCACCGGACAAUUCAGCUCCAAAAUACACUGGUCCUGCAGUAAAGGAAUCAGAUGUUACUAAGAAGAAGGCUGAACGAGUGGGAGAAACCGAAGGAUCUAUACCACCUAAUUACAGAUUUAAAGGGCAGCCUGACCCUAAGGAUAAAGGUAAAGUGGCCUCUUCCUCCACUGGUCCAGGAGCAAAACCAAAAGGAACUGAGAAGAGUAUGACAGAAGAUGAUGUCCUGGAGUCUCUGUCCGCAGACUUUGUCCAAAGUUCUCCAGCUCCAAUUUCAAAAUGCUCAGCACCAACUUCUCACUCUGCAGUUCCGCUGUGCAUGCAGAAGGAGGCACCUCUGAAAGCUUCAACAGCUGCCUCAGUUUCUGCAGAUAAAAGCGGUACCAAGGAUGAAGACCCAUUCGAACUACUCGCAGGAACACUUCCAUCAGAAGCACCGGACAAUUCAGCUCCAAAAUACACUGGACCUGUAGUGAAGGAAUCAGAUGUUACUAAGAAGAAGGCUGAACGAGUGGGAGAAACUGAAGGAUCUAUACCACCUGAUUACAGAUUUAAAGAGCAGCCUGACCCUAAGGAUAAAGGUAAAGUGGCCUCUUCCUCCACUGGUCCAGGUGCAAAACCAAAGGCAACAGAGAAGAGUAUGACAAAGGGUGACGUCCUGGAGUCUCUGUCAGCAGACUUUGAUAUCAGCUCUUCAGUUCCAAUUUCAAAAUGCUCGGCUCCAACUUCUCACUCUGCAGCUCCACCGCCUAUGCAGAAGGAGGCACCUCUGAAAGCUUUGAUGGUUGCCUCGGUUUCUGCAAGUCAAAUUGGCACUAAGGGUAAAGAUCCAUUUGACCUGCUUGCAGAAACACUGCCAUCUGAAGCACCAGAUGAUUCAGCUCCCAAAUACACUGGUCCUGAAGUAAAGGAAUCAGAUGUUACUAAGAAGAAGGCUGAACGAGUGGGAGAAACUGAAGGGUCUAUACCGCCUGAUUACAGAUUUAAAGAUCAACCUGAUCCUAAGGAAAAAGGUAAAGUGGCCCCUUCCUCUACUGGUCCAGGAGCAAAACCAAAGGUAAUAGAGAAGAGUAUGUCAGAAGGUGACAUCCUGGAGUCUCUGUCAGCAGACUUUACCCACAGCUCUCCAGCUCUGAUUUCAAAAUGCUCAGCUGAAACUUCUCACUCUGCAGCUCCGCCGUCUAAGCAGAAGGAGGCACCUCUGAAAACUUUGACGGCUGCCUCACCUUCUGCAAGUAAAAGUGAUACAAAGAGUAUGACAGAAGGUGAUGUCCUGGAGUCUCUGUCAGCAGACUUUACCCACAGCUCUCCAGCUCCAAUUUCAAAAUGUUCAGCUCCAACUUCUCACUCUGCAGCUCCGCCAUCUAUGCAGAAGGAGGCACCUCUGAAAGCUUCGACAGCUGCCUCAGUUACUGCAAGUCAGAGUGGCACUAAGGUUAAAGAUCCGGUUACACUUCUGGCAGAAACUCUUCCAAGUGAAGCACCAGACAAAUCAGGACCUAAAUACACUGGCCCUGUGGUGAAGGAAGCUGAUCAUUCCAAGAAGAAGGCUGAACUUGUUGGAGAAACUGAAGAAUCUAUACCUCCUGAUUACAGAUUUACAGAGCAAGCUGAUCCUAAGGAUAAAGGUAAAGUGGCCCCUUCCUCCACUGGUCCCGGAGCAAAACCAAAGGCACCAGAGAAGAUACUGACAAAAGCUGAUCUAGUAGAAAGUUUGUCAUCAGAUUUUGACUCCUGUUCUUCAGCUUCACAUUCUGGGGCACAGGUGUCCAAGCAGAAAGAGGCUGGAAGUGUAAGCCAGGCUGCUUCAACACCCCAAAAAAACAGUGACGUAGGACCAGAAUCACCAAAGGCAAAAAAUCAACCUACUGCUAAACCUGAUGCAAAGAAAGCCCGUAAACGUUAAUGCCUGAAAAACCAGGUCCUGGUUUGAAAACUGACCACUGUGCAAAUAUUCUUUUCAUUGGGAAUGUGCCUCUGUAUAAAUAAAUAUCUGUGGUUUCCUUUCAAUUUUCUAAAGAGCUGCUGUAACAUGACUUAUGGGGAUGUAAUGUAUUGAACACUCAACGUUGAGCAUAAUAGAAAUUCAAACUCAACUUACUAAUUGUUUUACAUCACUAUGAAAUAAUGCUUGCUCUCUGAAGAUUCACAAACUGGAUUUAUAUAUUUAAAAACUGAAAUCUUUUUCUAAGUGGGAAGGAUGCUAUAUUUGUAGGAAAUGUUUAUUGCUAAAGUAUUUUAUGCUACAAAAAUAUUAGUGUUACAUUUUUGUUGUGUGAUAAGUACUGCAGUACAUUAGGCUGUACAGGUCUCAAAUUUUCAGUCUGAGGCGAAAAGCAUCUGAAGACUGUGCACAAUAAUCAAUUCUGACUCCAUCCCCCUCCCUGGGAACUCUCUGAGGCUGUAACCUUGGUGUUGUAGUUGACCCCAAGCUGAGCCUCUGACCAUAUACUCAUUCUAUCCAAGAGUACUUACUUCCACCUCUGAAACAUUGCCACUCUAUCCCUGCCUCAGUUCAUCUACUAUUGAAACCCAUAUUUAUGCCUUUGUUACCUCUAGGCUUGUCUAUUCUAUUGCUCUCCUGGCUGGCCUCCCACCUCCCAUUUAUCUAAAACUCUGCUGCCCGCAUCCUAAUUUGCACAGAGUUCCAUUCACCCAUCAAGACUGUGCUCCCCGACUUACAUAAGAUCCAGGUCUGGAAAUGCCUGUGUUAAAAUUCUCAUCCUGGUUUUUAUGGCCCCUCUUCAUCUCUGUAAUCUCCUCCAGACCUACAACUCUUCCAGUUCUGCAAAAGCAUAGUAUGGUAGAUGCCAGAAGUCAGAAAUGAAAACAGAAAAUUUGUGAAAUACUCAGCAGGUCUGGCAGCAUCUGUGAAGUGAGAAACAGAGUUAACAGUUCAGGUCAUUUACCCCCUCCAAUUCUGACUUCUUGAGCCAAUCCCCAAUUUUAAUUGCUCCACCAUUUGUGGCCAUGUCAUCAGCUGCCUAGAUUCUAAGCUCUGGAAUUCCCACCCUAAAUCUCUCUGCCUCCUUUAAGAUGUUCCUUAAAACCUACAAUUUUGAAGCUUUUGGUGAUCUGUCCUCAUCUCACCUUCCAUGACUCCGUGUCAAAUUCUGUUUGGUAACUCUCUUUUAAAGCACCUUAGGACAUUUUACAAAAGGGACUAUUGUAAGUGCAAGUUCUUGCACAGUAAAAUGUUUACAUUGACUGUAAAAGGCUGGUAUAGCAAUCCAGAUAUUCUAUAUUUUUCUUAAAACUGCACCACAUAAAGCAUUUUAUUUGUUCAAGUAUGCUUUUGGAUUAUGGCUUUGGGUGUAUUAUAGAACAUGAAUUGUGGGUAUAAAGAGAAUCUGAAAAUAAAAUGCAUUGAACUUGUAAAA